CAGCUGUCUUGGAGAAGAGACUGGAUCUGCAGCCGGCAAAGGACCCGCACGCAGCCUCCUGCUUUUAUUUUUUUCUUGGAAUACAGCGCUGACCUUGGGAGCAAGAUGUGCAAGGGACUUGCUGCGCUGCCAGCCACGUGCUUGAAAAGUGCCAAAGACAUGAAACAUCGCCUGGGCUUCCUGCUGCAGAAGUCAGAUUCCUGUGACCACAGCUCUUCCCAGGGCAAGAAGGAGAAAAGCCCCCCUGCUCAGCGGGUUAGCCAAGAGGAAGUCAAAAAAUGGGCAGACUCUUUGGAAAACUUGAUCCAUCAUGACAGAGGACUGGCUGCUUUCCGGGCUUUUCUCAAGUCCGAGUACAGCGAGGAAAACAUUGAGUUCUGGGUCAGUUGUGAGGACUACAAGAAAACCAAGUCACCAGCAAAGCUCAGCCCCAAGGCCAGAAAGAUCUACAAUGAGUUCAUCUCUGUGCAGGCAACAAAAGAGGUGAACCUGGAUUCGUGCACACGGGAAAAGACGAGCCAGAACAUGCUGGAGCCUACGCUGUCCUGCUUUGAUGAGGCUCAGAGAAAAAUAUUCACCCUCAUGGAGAAGGAUUCUUACCGCCGCUUCCUCAAGUCCCACUUCUACCUGGACUUGGUGAGCCCACCUGCUGCUGGCUGUGGGCCUGAAAGCUGCAAAAGAACCCGUGCUCACAACUUAGACUGCAACUCUAACAUCAUCUCCCAGUGUGCCUGAACCUGCAGCGCGCCCGGGGCAGGCAGGGCUCUUGCAGGAGUAUACGGCAGCAAAAGCAUUCAUUGGCAUGAAGCAGCAGAGCUGUCUCCAGUAGCUGUCUAAUAUCCCAGUUGUGUCCCAUGUCGUGCAACAAGCAGCAUUUGUAACCCCAGCCAGGCUCAGGUUGUGUAGCAAACCCUCCUGUGACUCCAUCUGUGUGGGAGCCCUGGAGUCUGUUGGACAUGAAAGCUGGGUGAAAUCACCGCAUGUCUGCUGUGUGUUUGAUGUGCCUCACGAGCCCRGGUGGGCUGGUGCUGUCGGGAAGAGGUGCAAAACUCAGACCUAGCACCAGCUGCGAAGGGUCCAGACGUGCAGUGUGGCCAUGAGACACCUAGAAAGGAGCAGAGGAAAGAGGAAGGCAAGGGAAGCGUUGGGGACUGUGAUCUGCCCCUUUAUGAUCAGCACGAGCUUUGGGACUUUCUCUGGACCUUAGCUGUUCAUAUAGCUCCCAAAUUCCCAGGCUUUCAGUAGUAUUUGCUCAGAAAUUGAGCUGUGUUGUGUUAUACUGGUCAGACUUAACAGCUCUGCCCUGUCUAUAAGGGACACCAAAAAUUCCUAGGCGAGCAGACAGCUUCCCUCUGUCCUCACAGCCCAAGCUGUAGGAAAGCCCUGCUCCAUGGCAGCUUUUCCCCCUAUUUAAUCUAAUUUAUGCCAGUCAGGGAUCUUUCUUAGGUUAUUUGAUUGGGAUGGAAUCACUACCACAGCAACUAAGAAGGGGCCAUGCUUGGAAAUACUGAUCCUGAGUGUUUUUAUGUGAGUCUGUAAUUCAGUAGUAGUGUUACUCUUUUUUUCUUUUCGCUGCAGAAGGUAAGAGAAACGUGCCAGUCUCCUUCCUGCUACUCUGCCAGAGGGCAGUCUAUUCUUUAAUCACUGUGGUUAGAUGGGGCUUUGGCUCAGGGGCUUUGGGACCUGACUGUGACCCACACUUGGAGGCAGAAGGAGCAAGUGCCGGGCUUGCCGUGUGGCCUGGAGGUGCCAGGCACUUCCAGGGAGCAACUCUGCUCUGGGCAAAGCAGCAGCUCCUGCUCUCCCCAGCACGUCCCCCUUCCUUGGCUUGGAUAGAGCUGCUCUGACAACCAAGUGUUCCUCACUCUGCAUCCCAGUCUGGACAACGCUUCUCA